AUGGCCCCGGCUCCUUUCUCUUGCACGGUGCAUCCUUUCGAUUCCCGAACCUCACACUCUAGCGCUUAUGAGAUCGGCCCAUCUGGAGCAUCAAACGCCCUUCUCUUCAUAGGAGGCCUCGCAGAUGGACCUCAUACUGUUGGCUACACCAAGGCCAUAGCCAAGCAUCUUGAGACAGCGGCACAAGACUGGUCUGUGUUUGAGAUUCGGAUGAGGAGCUCCUUUUCUGGCUACGGCUUUUCGAGCUUGAAGAACGAUGUUGAGGAUAUCUCGGCGCUGGUGAGGUAUCUCCGAGGUAUCGGAAAGAAAAAGAUUGUCCUUAUGGGCCACUCAACUGGAUGCCAGGACUGUAUGGAGUAUACCAAGCACAAGGAGGACCCUGUCGAUGGCUUCAUCAUGCAAGGUCCUGCAUCUGACCGGGAGUCUAUUGAAGACUUUGUCAAGCCUGACUGGUUGAAGAAGAGCCUAGAGCACGCAGAGGGGCUGAUUUCCGCUGGAAAGGAGGCCGAAGCGAUGCCUAAAGAUCUAGUACCAAGCUUUUUCUCGACACCUAUGACGGCCUACCGUUGGCACUCUCUGGCGGCUAAGGGGGGUGACGAUGAUUACUUCUCCUCCGACCUCAAAGAGUCGUUCGUCUCCGAGGUCUGGAAUCGUUUCCAGCAGCCCGUCAUGGUGCUACACUCUGCAGAGGAUGAGUUCGUGCCAGCCAAAAUCGAUAAGCAAGCUUUGAUCGACCUGUGGAAGAAGACAAACUCCAAUGUCCACGAGCUAUCUGGGUUGAUUCCCGGAGCAAGCCAUACUGUGAAGAACCCGGAAUCCCAGCAGUGGCUUGCAGAACGUGUGGCUCAGUUCAUCCAGCAAGUAUGA